CCUGUCCCGGCGUGGGUGACCGCGGACCCGGCCAGCCCCGCCCGCUGGGGCCCGCGCCGUCGGAAGAGCCCCGUGAUCCAGCAGGUUGCAGGGUUCCAGCGCAGCCGGCAAACCCGAUCCGGGUUGCGUUUCUCAUCCUGGAGGACGGCCCCAGGUCUUUCGGGGAUCUGUGUCUGCUCUCCGAUGAGCCACUGUUCGCGCGGCAGUAUGGGUGUGCGUCUCUACCGAAGAUAAAGAUGACGCCCCUCCAGUGGCUGCACAGUGGUGGGGAACCUGCGGCACACAGGUUGCGUGUGUUUCCUGUAGGACUAAAGAACACCUUGACUGAAAUGGAAGAAGCCAGGCUGUUCUACUAAAGGACCACGUAGAACAAAAGCUCACACAAAGAGAGGUCCCAGCCCUGCCGACAUCCCAGUCGAGGCUCCAGACUCGUGAAUAAUGCCAUCCGGAAUACUUCAGCCAGACCGAUAGAAAGGCCCUGCCCAGUUCCUUGUUAUGUACCCACACGGUGCUGCAUGUGCCCCACGGAAACAGAGAAGAAGAAUGAUCUACCCCAAAGGUGGACUUGCUACCACUCAUCUCCUAACUGCUUAAAACUGUAAAAUUACCUUUGUUUCCCUUUUCAUAGUUCAAGUAUGUUAGCACCAGUUUCUAAUUAAAGGCAAAUCAAAGUGCCACAUUUCUGAUCCCCUUUGCAGCCCCGGUGUACUUCAAACCUGUAGGAGAAGUUAGCCUUGACACUGAGGCAAGGAGAGGCUUCCUUCCCUCCCCUUCUCACGCUGGGGUUGUGGCCUUUCU